GUCUACGCGAGCAAUCGCCGGAUGCCCAUCGAUGAUGAUGUGGACAGGAAGCGCAUCAAGCAAGACCUUGUGAAGGAGUCCGAGAAAGAUGCCAUGAGAACGUGCAUGGAGGAAUCCGACAAGACAGGCUUCGACCGCUGCAUGGGUGAGCUGGCAGAGCCGGCUGAGGUUGCAGGCGAGCUCUUCCGUGGCCUCUCGGAUGAGAGGAAGCAGAACAAGGAGAAGCGUGCCAAAGAAGACGCAGCCGUGGAGGUUGUCGGUGAGCGAUUCCAGAUCUGCAUGGAAGCAGCCACGAGCGACGGCCAGAAGAAGGACUGCCACGACGCGAUGCGCGCUGGUGCAGGCAUGGCUGGCCUGAAAGAAGAUGUGGAGGAUGUCAUGAAGAAAUUCCAGC